AUGCCCGCCGACGGCCGCCGCGCCCGCCCGUACCAGCCGUCACACGUGCUCGUCGACGCCGCAGAUCCUGAUCUGCUGGGCGACGACGACGCCGACUUCGGCGACAGCUACUCGUUCGGCGGCCGCUCUGGCUAUCCGCCCUCGGGCACAGGCCCCGGCGCGGCGCCGCCCUCGAUGCGUGCGCCGCCGUCGUUUGCGUUCGGCUCGCAGCCCGGCGCGUCACAGGACUCGGGCCUGCCGCUGCGCAGCCAUGCGCAGGCGCCGGCAGGCCAUUCGGGCUACUCGGAGCAGAGUCCAUUUGAGGAUGCCUACGCCUUUGGCGGCGGUGCUAGCUUCAAGACGAUCGAGGCGGACGACGACAACGAGGCCUACGACGCCCCGUACCCAACGCGGGCUGGCGGAGGACGCGCGGGCGCGUCUUCCGCUGGCAAUCCGCGGCAGCGCGGGGCUGCGGCGCCAGUGUCCGCCUCUGCGAAUGCCGGACAGUCGCGGCCGCUGCCACGCGACUCGCCGCUCGACGGGCUGAACCGCUCGCUGCGCACGCUGAAGCAGGACCUACGCAGUCUGCUGGGCAGGAAGCAGAAGGAAGAGGCCAAGGGCGAGCGGAUAGUGCGGCUCAACGACCCUGUGACGAACGACAGGGAGGGUGGCUUCGGAGACAACUGGAUCUCCACGAGCAAGUUCAACGUGCUGAGCUUCGCUCCGAAGUUCUUCUAUGAGCAAUUCAGCAAGUACGCGAACGUCUUCUUCCUCUUCACUGCCUGCAUCCAGCAGAUUCCCGGCGUGUCGCCGACGAAUCGCUGGACCACGAUUGUGCCGCUCGGGCUGGUCCUGCUUGCGUCGGCGUUCAAGGAGAUCAAGGAGGAUGUCAAGCGCCACCAGUCGGACGCCGAGCUGAACGCACGCGUGGCCCAGGUGCUCGAUCCCGGGACCGGCAGUUUCGCGUCUCGUCGGUGGCGCCACAUCCGCGUCGGCGAUGUGCUGCGCGUUGAGAGCAACGAGUUCUUUCCGGCAGACCUCGUCCUGCUUUCGAGCUCGGAGCCCGAGGGGCUGUGCUACGUCGAGACGUCGAACCUGGACGGCGAGACGAACCUGAAGAUCAAGCAGGCCAGCCCCGAGACGGCAAAGUUCACUGCGCCUCCGCCAGUGUGCGCCAUGCGCGGCCACAUGGUCUCCGAGCAGCCGAACAACAGCCUCUACACCUUCGACGCCACGCUGCACCUGCAGACAAGCGCCACGGCGGGCUUCAGCGGCGUGCCGAUGCGGCAGGUGCCGCUCAGUCCGGACCAGCUGCUGCUGCGCGGCGCCCAGCUGCGCAACACGCCCUGGAUCUACGGUCUGGUGGUCUUCACGGGCCACGAGACCAAGCUGAUGCGCAACGCCACGUCGGCGCCGAUCAAGCGCACGGCCGUGGAGAAGCAGGUCAACGUGCUCAUCCUGUUCCUCUUUGUCCUGCUGCUGGCGCUCUCCAUCGCCUCGGCCAUCGGCUCCAUCGUGCGCAACUCGGCGUACGCGGGCGAGAUGCAGUACCUGCUGCUCAACGCCGACUCGAAGGGCAAGGCGCGCAUCUUCGUCGAGGACAUCCUCACCUUCGUCAUCGCCUACAACAACCUGAUCCCCAUCUCGCUCAUCGUCACGAUCGAAGUGAUCAAGUACCAGCAGGCGACGCUCAUCAACUCCGACCUCGACAUGUACCACGCGCCCACCGACACGCCCGCGCUGUGCCGCACCUCGAGCCUCGUCGAGGAGCUGGGCCAGAUCGACUACAUCUUCAGCGACAAGACGGGCACGCUCACGCGCAACGAAAUGGAGUUCAAGCAGGCAUCGAUCGGCGGCGUAGCUUAUACGGACGUCGUCGACGAGAGCAAGCAAGGCACCGGCGAGAUCGGGCCCGACGGGCGCGAGAUUGGCGGGCAGCGCACGUGGCACGAGCUGCGCGCCAUGAUGGACGGCAGCAUUGCCGACGACGGCUCGAGCGCUGUGAUCGACGAGUUCCUCACGCUGCUCGCCGUGUGCCACACGGUCAUUCCCGAGGUCAAGGGCGAGAAGAUCACGUACCAGGCAAGCAGCCCCGACGAGGCUGCACUGGUCUCCGGCGCCGAGAGUCUUGGCUACCGCUUCACCGUCCGCAAGCCGCGCUCCGUCUUCAUCGAGGUGCGCGGCAUGCAGCAGGAGUACGAAAUUCUCAACGUGUGCGAGUUCAACAGCACGCGCAAGCGCAUGUCGACGGUCGUGCGCUGCCCGGACGGCAAGAUCAAGCUGUACUGCAAGGGCGCCGACACGGUCAUCAUGGAGCGCCUGAGCAGCACGCAGCCCUUCACGGAGCAGACCAACAUCCAUCUUGAGGACUAUGCGACGGACGGCCUGCGCACUCUCUGCGUGGCGAUGCGCGAGAUUCCGGAGCAGGAGUACCGGCAGUGGGCGCGCAUCUACGACCAGGCAGCCUCGACGAUCGUCAACCGUGGCGAAGCGCUCGACAAGGCCGCAGAAGUCAUCGAGCGCAGCAUGUUCCUCCUCGGCGCCACAGCCAUCGAGGACAAGCUGCAAGACGGCGUGCCCGAGACGAUCCACCACCUGCAGACGGCCGGCAUCAAGGUGUGGGUCCUGACGGGCGACCGGCAGGAGACUGCCAUCAACAUCGGCCUGUCCUGCCGGCUGAUCUCCGAGUCGAUGAACCUGGUCAUUGUGAACGAGCUGACGUCGCACGACACGCACGCGUUCCUGGCGAAGCGCCUGGCAGCCGUCAAGGCCCAGCGCGAGGCGGGCGAACAUGAAGAGCUCGCGCUGAUCAUCGACGGCAAGAGCCUGACCUUCGCUCUCGAGAAGGAGCUCUCGAAGAUCUUCCUGGAGCUCGCAGUGUUGUGCAAGGCCGUCAUUUGCUGUCGAGUCUCGCCGCUGCAGAAGGCUCUCGUCGUGAAGCUCGUCAAGAAGAACCUCAACAAGCUCCUGCUCGCCAUCGGAGACGGCGCCAACGACGUCAGCAUGAUCCAGGCCGCGCACGUCGGCGUCGGCAUCAGCGGUGUCGAAGGCCUGCAAGCCGCGCGCUCGGCCGACGUGGCGAUCAGCCAGUUCCGCUAUCUGCGCAAGCUGCUCCUUGUCCACGGCUCCUGGAGCUACACCCGGCUCAGCAAGAUGAUCCUCUACUCGUUCUACAAGAACAUCACGCUGUACAUGACGCUCUUCUGGUACUCGUUCCAGAACUCCUUCUCCGGGCAGGUCGCCUUUGAGUCGUGGACGCUCUCGUUCUACAACGUCAUCUUCACGGUGCUGCCGCCGCUCGUCAUCGGCAUCUUCGACCAGUACGUCUCGGCGCGCAUGCUGGACCGCUAUCCGCAGCUGUACGGGCAGGUCUUCUUCAACAAGCGCCGCUUCUGGGGCUGGACUCUGAACGCCUUCUACCACUCGCUCGUGGCCUACCUCUUCGUCACGAUCACCUUCUGGAGCAACACGCAGCUCAACGGCGGCUACAACUCCUACUCAUGGAUCUGGGGCACAACGCUGUACCUGGCAGUCCUCGCGACAGUGCUCGGCAAGGCGGCGCUCGAGACGACGCUGUGGCAGAAGUACUCUUGGCUCGCCAUUCCGGGCUCCUUCGUCUUCACGCUCGGCUUCAUCGUCGUGUACUCGGUCGUCGCGCCCCGCAUCGGCUUCUCCAAGGAGCUCGACCACAUCAACGGACCGCUCUUCGGCUUCAGCCUCAUGUGGCUGCUCAUGCUCCUCGUGCCCGUCGUCUGCCUGCUGCGCGACUUUGCCUGGAAGUACGAGCAGCGCACGUACCGGCCGAAGAACUACCACGUCGUCCAGGAGGUGCAGAAGUACAACUUGCAGGACUACCGCCCGCGCAUGUCGCAGUUCCAGCAGGCCGUCCGCAAGGUGCGGGCAGCGCACCGCCUCAAGCGCACCCACGGCUUCGCCUUCAGCGAGGUGCAGGGAGAGCAGGCGAAGCUCAUCCGCAAGUACGACACCCAGGUGGUGCGGCCAAGCGGCUGGUGA